GGUAGCCGUCCAGUCGCCAGCUAACGUUAGCUUCACGUCGCUAGCUAAAUUUAGCCGUCCAGUCGAUAGCUAAAUUUAGCCUUUCCGUCGCUAGCUAACGUUAAUGCUUGAAUACUGGACCUCUAUUAACCUAGUCUGGUCUUCCACCAUCUACAACCUGGACCUCUGCUAACCGCAGCUUGGCCUUCACCUGCUGCAGCUUAAACCCUGCUAACAAGCUGGUUGGUGCUGCUACCUUAAUUUCAUCGAGCGGGCUCCUGCAGGCUGAGUGGACCCGGAGCCUCCUACCUCUGCAACCAGAGAGUUCCACCAACAGUGGUCCCUUGGGCCCUCACCUAUUUUUUCUUUGUGGAAAUGGCAAACUUCCACCUGACAUUCCCUGAGAACUACUGCAGACUAAAUCUUCUGGGAUAUGGGUCCUAUGGCUAUGUUUUUAAAUGUUUAAAAAAGGACACUAAAGAGAUUGUGGCUGUGAAGGUCCUAAAACAAAAUGACUCAUUGUCCAGUUUCAAUCGAGAGGUGUACAUACUGCAAAAGCUCAAGCAUUUGGACCCUGAUAAGUUCAACAUCAUCAGAAGCCAUGGCUGGUUCACCUUUCUUGAUCGGACCUUCUUGGUGUUUGAGGUGCUAGAUAUGAGCCUCUAUGAUUACAUGUCCAAAACAAAAAGGACUCCUCUUCCAUUACAUGCAAUAAAGACCAUCAUCAAAGAUAUGGCCACAGCAUUAGGUGCACUUAAAGACAUUGGACUGAUCCAUACAGAUUUGAAACUAGAUAACAUCAUGCUGGUGGAUCAUCAGAGACAGCCAUUCAGGGUGAAGCUCAUUGACUUUGGCUUAACUCUGAAAACAUCUGAAUACAUCCCACAUCUGAGUCUUCAGCCUCUGUGGUACAGGUCUCCUGAAAUAAUACUGGAUGCACCAUUCACUGAAGCCAUUGACAUUUGGUCUCUUGGGCUGGUGAUGGUCGAGCUGUUCAUUGGAAUUGCGCUUUUCCCAGGGAGACACGAUUACGAUGUACUGCGUUUCAUUGUACAACUACUGGGAGAACUUCCAAAGACACUUCUGGAGCGUGGGAUUAAUACUGAUGUGUAUUACCACAAAAAUCACAAGUACUUUUUGUUCAUGAACUGGACACUUAAGACACCAGCUGAGUUUCAGAAGGAAACAGGAAUCCGGCCGACAGAUAACAGACGUUACGUCUGUUACUCUUUGGAUCAAUUGAAAACUUCAUACCCGCUCCAACAAUUCAGCAGAGAGGCAGAGGAUAGGAUCAACUUUGUAGAGCUGUUGAAGGAAAUGCUUCAGCUGGAUCCCAGCAACAGGAUCACCCCUGGAGGCAUCCUGGCCCAUCCAUUCAUAACAACAACGCCCAGCCAUGAAACUGUGGACUCUGAACUCACUGGAGAUCAAGAUGCUACCAGUGCAGAAACGAAAACUGCCAGCAGGAACACCAUGUACAGUUUGACGGAUGAGGACGAACAGGACCUCACACUGGCAUCUGUCAGUAAUAGUAACAUACUACUUGGUGUUAAUCUGACAUCAGAGUCCAUCACUGAUACUGACACAACUGUGGACAGCGGCGUCAAGAGCGCUCCAUCGGUUGUUCCGGGCAGCUAUGUUCAAACCCCUGUCUGCAUUUUGAACCACAUCUCUAACAGCAAAAUUUCUGCACACAUGUCCUACACUGACGUGGCCAAACAUCAGAAGAAGAAAGGCUUCAGAGGAUGCCUCUCCCCAUUCCUCUGCUGCGUGAAUUCAUCUGAGGGCAGCUAUGAAAAUCCAUAGACUCCGAUGCUACAGACAAUCCCACAAACUUCUCAGGAAUUUCACUCUAUAAAGUACCAUGUGUUUGUAAAGAAUGUCAGCUGUCUAGAUGUCUAAACAAAACUAAAACAAAAGUGACUGGACAGUUUUCUUAAAGACAUUUGUGGGUUUGGCUGCUGAUGCUAGUGCUAGUGUGACAGUGCAGAUUUUUGCU